AUGGUGAUCACAACAGAAGGAAUUGGUACGAAAGGGUGUUUUGUUGAAGCGCAGGUAGGAUUUUUCUUUCCUGAUGAAGCAAAAGUUGAGGAACUUAGGAAUUUACUAAAGGAAAAGCAAAUUGGUGUUGUUGGUGUUCUCACUUCUACACAAAAUCAUUGGGUUUACUUCUUGACCAACCAUGUUGGUGUGUACAGAAACCCUUCAUCGGGGUUGUUUGCCACUUCAUAUAUAAUUUGGGCUUUAGCCAAUUUAAUUGAAGCAUCUGUUGUGAUUAUGAUAUUCAGUUUCUUUUGGAAAGAUAAGAAUCAAAACUUGCAAGUUCACCAAGGCGUUGUAAGAUCAAUAAUGGAUGAUGUUGGCUACACGAUAAUGAAAAUGGGAAGUGUGUAUGUUUCAUCCAGGGAACCACAGGAUGUUGUAGCAACAGAGGCUCAAAUGAACGCCAUGAAAGAGAAACCAAUUGACUUAGAAGCUGUAGAACCCAAACCAGAACCCACUAUUGAAGUUUUUUUUCUCUGUAGCUAUGAGGGUUGUGGGAAAACAUUCAUUGAUGUUAGAGCUUUAAGGAAGUAUUCUCAUAUUCAUGGAGAAAGAUAG